CGCCUUGUCGCCGCACCGUCGCAUCCUACAUGUGACGGGGGUGAUGCAUGCAGCAUGCCCAGAUAGUCGCAGGCGCACGGCUCACGUUGUCCGCCUCACGUAAAGGUCGGUGCCAUCCUCUCCUAUCUCUCCUCGCGCAGUUCCACUUCCCAUUUUCCGCCUUCGUCCGCAUCAGGGACACACUGCCUCCGAUCCGCAUGCGGCAAGAUCCUCCCUCAUUCUCCAAACAUGAGAGGAGCAGAGGAGGAGAGAUCUGGCACCGCCACUGAUGCGGGAGGAGAGGAGGAGAAACAGGAGAGGAGCGUCGGCCUGAUGGCCGGCCUCAUGGACAAGGCCAAGGGCUUCGUGGUGGAGAAGGUGAUGCAAAUCCCCAAGCCCGAGGCUGCCCUGGAUCACGUCUCCUUCCGGAGCAUCAGCCGCGAGGGCGUCGAGCUGCAUAGCCACGUCGACAUCAGCAACCCCUACUCUCACCGCAUCCCCAUCUGCGAGAUCACCUACACGUUCAAGAGCGCCGGCAAGGUGAUAGCGUCGGGCACGAUGCCCGACCCCGGGUGGAUCGCGGCGAGCGGCAGCACCAAGCUAGACCUGCCGGUGAAGGUGCCGUACGACUUCAUCGUGUCGCUGAUGAAGGAUCUCGGAGGGGACUGGGACAUCGACUACAUGAUGGAGGUGGGGCUCACUGUCGACCUCCCCGCCAUUGGCGCCUUUACUAUCCCGCUCACCACCGAGGGCGAGAUCAAGCUCCCCACCUUCCGGGACCUAUUGUUCUAAGCAAUUCAGAUAUUUGGUGUAUGAAUCGAUUUGUUUUCACACCAUAAUCAAUGCUGAUGUGGAUUUGCAAUA